CUUACAGCUGGUUAGUAAGUUACACAGUCUCUCAAGUCUCAGUCAUUAACAGCUGGUCAGGAACGUAGCUUCAGUCGUUGUCUUCUGCAAAAUUCCAUCAAAACCGUGAAAGCCAAGUGUUUUGUGUCGUGUUGUUGUGGUAUAUUAUUUGUGAUUUAAAAUAACAUGUCCGAUCCUUGAAAGUUUUACAUUCAAGAUGUACAAAUAGGUACCCUGUUGUGAGCGAAAACGUAUUUUGUUUGUGUUUACUUCGGGCUAAGUGAACUCUGUGUAGUGCAUCAAGUGUAAAAACGUCUGCCAGGGAUAUAAGAGUUUUCUGAAGGUGCAGGACAUUAUCGGGGCUGAAGGAGAUGUAGCAGGCUGCACACUUGUGUACCGUAACGGGAGAUAAGCCAGCAUGGCAGUAAGCAGUGGUGGAGUGGCCACUGGAGGAGGAGUGUGUCACGGACACAGACGCCAGGAGAGCAUGUACACCAUGACAGGGCUGUACUCAGAGACGACGGACACGGACGCCGAGGCCGACACUGACGCCGGGACUAGUCAGUGCUACGACACGGUCAUCAAGUGUCACAGUCGCAACCCGUCCAGUGGACUUGUGGACAACAAUGAGAGAGCACGGACAGAGGCGAAAGAGAAAAGUCACCCUUCGUUUGCCGAAGUGGCGGCCAUCUUACCUCAGGACAUACAAGACUGCGGCAUCUUAGCCUGUAGGCCCUUCCUCAUACAGGGCUUUGCUAGUAUUAAAGUUUUUGUAUUUUUCCUGUCGUUUCUCGUAACUCUACAGCAAGCGUUGAGCUCUGGCUAUAUCAACUCUGUCAUCACCACCAUAGAGAAAAGGUUUGAGAUUCCUUCAAGUCUAUCAGGUCUGAUCGCGUCUUCGUACGAGAUCGGCAACGUGAUCACCGUCAUCUUUGUCAGUUAUCUCGGCAGUCGCAGGCACAUUCCCGUCUGGAUAGGCAUUGGUGCAGUCAUCAUGGGGAUCGGAUCCUUGAUCUUCAUGCUGCCACACUUCACAGCCGAGCCACUUCACACUUCCACACACCCCAACUCCACUUCAGACAAUAUCUGCAGGGUAGUCCCUGUCCGGGAACAGGAGAUGGACUUUGGUCGGCUCUCCUCAGGACUGUCAUCACCUCCUCUAGGGCCACACAACAACCUAAGGGAGAACUGUAUAGAAGGCAUGCCUAGCAACCGAGGCCCCGUCAUGCUAUUUGUCCUUGCUCAGCUACUCCUUGGUUGCGGGGGUUCGCCUCUCUUUACACUUGGCACUACCUACAUAGACGACCAUGUCAAGGCAGACAACUCUUCCAUCUAUAUAGGUUGUAUGUACAGCAUGGCUGCAUUUGGACCAGUGCUGGGGUUCCUUCUGGGAGCCUAUCUGCUGUCCUUCCACAUGGAUGCCUUAGGGAACAUAGCUAUCGAUAUAGGUCCUGGUGAUCGCCACUGGGUCGGCAUGUGGUGGGGAGGAUUCCUCGUCUGUGGUUUGCUGCUUAUCAUCGUAGCCAUUCCAUUUUUCUCCUUCCCUAAAGUUCUCACGAGAGAGAAGGAGAAGAUCAGGUUAAUGGAGAAGUCAACAAACUCCGGUCUGACGGGCCGACCCCCUGAGACGUCCACACCUCAACAGCCCGGCAACCGCAGCGACUCUGGCUACGGCAAGGAUGUCAAAGAUAUCCCAAUGUCCAUGUGGAGACUGCUGUGUAACCCAGUGUACGUGGUCACCUGUCUGGGAGCCUGUAUGGAGCUGGUCAUUGUGUCUGGGUUUGUGGUGUUUCUGCCCAAGUAUCUGGAGACUCAAUUCAGCUUGGGGAAGAGCCAGGCAAGCGUCUUCACAGGUUCAAUCGCCAUACCAGGUGCCUGUAUAGGCAUCUUCAUGGGAGGCUGUUUAUUGAAGAGGUUUGAGCUGAAGCCCAAGGGCGCUGUGCAGUUUGUUCUCAUCUCUAACACAAUCUGUCUGUCUUGCUACGGACUUCUCUUCUUCCUGGGUUGUGACAAUGUCAAAAUGGCCGGCACAACGAUCCCUUACUACAACAGCUCCAGAGCCGAGCCAUUCCAAGUGAACCUCACUGCGGCCUGUAACUUUGGCUGUGAAUGUCAUACUACGGACGUAGAGCCUGUGUGUGGCAACAACGGCCUCACAUAUUUCAGUCCGUGUCACGCCGGCUGUACGGAGCUCAGCUCUCGCUCCAACUACACCAACUGUGCCUGUAUCCAUGGUAACCUGAGCUCAGUUACUGCUCCGUUCUCCUCAGAGCUGGGAGAGGUGACAGUUGUGCCUGUAGCUACUGCAGGACCUUGUAAUUCCUCCUGUCGCACUAUCUUCCCAUUUCUCAUGUUGUUGUUCUUUAUGACGUUUGUGGUCGCUGUAACGCAAAUGCCUCUUCUCAUGAUAGUACUGAGGUCAGUCAAUGAGGAGGAGAGAUCGUUUGCCCUAGGAAUGCAGUUUGUGAUCUUCCGUCUGUUUGGUUAUAUCCCUGCUCCUAUAUUGUUUGGCAACCUCAUAGACUCCACUUGUCUGUUCUGGAAGUCUACCUGUGGAGAGAAGGCUGGGCGUUGUCUGCUGUACGACAUUGAGCAGUUCCGUUACAGGUAUGUGGGACUCUGCUGUGGUAUCAAGAUCCUAGCGUUGUCGCUGUUCCUGGUGGAUUGGUGGCUGAUCAGAAGACACAAACACUUGGAAGACCAACCAACUGCGGCCGUCGGGGAUCUGGUCACCUCCGGCUCCAUCAUCAGUCUGGACAAACUGUUUGAGGAGAAGCCCCCCACACUGUCAGCAGCCAGUUCUCCAUGUGACGACCCCCCUCGAGCCCCCCUCUGUCAACCAGAGUCAACCAGUGGAGAAUCUACGUGAAACACUGCUGCACUAGCGUCGCCUCUUUUUGUACAGACUAGCACUAAUAGGUUUUUAUAGCACAAACUUUCGUUUUUAUUUUAAAUUACGGUAGUUUACAUUUUUGUAAUUUUUUUACAAACACGGAAAAGUUAAUUUAAAGUACUACGGUAACGAUGCUUGAGAGUGCUUCACGGCGGUUUUGACUCACAUUUUAAACAAUUCAACCGCUUCGGUAGAUUUGUUAGCUGUCGACCCUUUUGUGGUGUAAUUUUUCACAGCUUUUUAUCGUACAAUAUUUUUUUUUCUGUGUCUUGAAAUGACUGUCAAGGAUGAAAUCUUAGAGUUCAUAUCUGAAUGUUUAUAAAGUUUGUUGAACGUUUAAUCUUAUUAUCAACCUUGAUCAGAGUACACAGUUCAACAAACUUAUAGUUUUAGCUUUUAAGUAUCAUCUUCACUUCAUUCUCUAGCGUUUCAUAAUUUCACUUUUGCUCAACCAAUUUUUAGCUGUGUUAUUUUCUGUACAUGGCUUAAGGAGGAUUUACUAACUUCAAUUAAUAUUGUUUCCUUAAAAGCUAUGUGAUAUUUGAUUUAGUAAAUUAAAUUAAAAGCGAAGAAAGGGUUAAAAAUACGUGAUUUUUGAACAAAAUAGUUAAAUUAUUAGUGUUGUUACAAAUUGUAUUGAGAGCGACGCUUCACGUUAUAUCUCCAAGUGAAAACUUGAAAUGAGUACUUAUGCAGUUGUGUUCUUGAUAUAUUUCAAUUUUCUGUUCAAGUCAAGUCGUGAUGAAAUUGUGAUAUUUCUGUUAUCUAGAACCGUAUUGUUGGCAAAUUUGUACAUAAUGUAUAAAAAUGUUAACUUUUAUUUUUAACUAAUUGAUAGAUGGACCAAUAUCUGCACGUUGAAGGGUUUCGGUAGGCUAAAUGUAUAUUUAUUUGUAUUGAUUGGUGUGAUGUGGUAGUGAAUAUGAAGAAAUUGAGUGUUAGACUUUCAUCUCGAUCAAUUCUUUAAUUUUUUUAAUUAUCAUAUUCCGGUAGUGUCUUUCAUUAUUAUAGGCUGUUUCCUAUUUUUAUCAAUUUUUUAUACCUUAUAGGUUAUGUGGUGAUUUGACAGUUUACGUUCACAAGUUGAGCAAAAUCCAAAUAGAAAAUAAAUUGUGUAAGUAAUUAUUUUUAUGUUUUUUGUAAUAAAUUAUACAUUGCUACUAGAUUAAUACUUACCUUACCUGAUCAAAACACUAUCAUUGUUCAACUAAGUUGGAGCACAAAGAUCGCAAGAUUUUUUUGUAUAAACUCUAAAAUGUAUUACAUUUUAAGUGUACCAAAUAUUUAUCACAUAUGCUAUGAUCAUUAUAAAUACCUUUAGAAUCGUUCAGAAAGGCUUUAGGCUGCUUAUAAGCGUUGUUUUUUGUCAAAUAUAGUAAGUUUUUCUGUACUGAAAACAGUAGUCUAUAUGUUACUCCAAAACUGGUUAUAGUUAUCGAUUCAAUCAUAUUUUAUCAUAGACAAAUACUCAUUAUAUUUUUUGUCUCUAUGUCACAGAAUUGCUAUAUUGUUUUUUUUUACUACACGAACUAAUUUUCAUGAUCAAAAGUUGUCAGAAAUUGAAUUAUAAGUACAGGUAUAUAAAUUAACAAACUAUGUAAAAUACAAUCGAUGAUAUUUU